UCUGAAGUGGCAGCUCCCAAGUCUGGGACCAUAUGGAUGAUUCAGCACUGAACCCCUCACCCGGCACAGGCCUAGCCACGUGGUACUCAGGAACCAUCUGGAGGAAAUGGGAGGAUUUCUCCAGGGGUUGGUCCCAUGGCCCGCCCCCACAGGAGUGCCUGCCUCUCCUAGCACCCCACUCUUCCUCAAGCAGCCCUUGCUCAGCUGCCAUCAUUCUUGUUCCUGCCACACGAGAUCACUGUUGGACACCGACCCACGCAGCCCCGUACUCAAGGGUUGUCACCUGACUCUCACCUGUCAAGCUCACUUGCUCCCCAACAACUGGCACCUACCAGAGUGACUGGGUCCGUGGGGGCUGUGGCUGAGCUAGGACCACCCAGGUGACCCCAGAGUCCCUCACUUCCAGGUCCUCAGGCAGGGCUAUGCCAGAACAUCCCCAAGGUGGCUGGGUAUCCUUGUUGACCCCCAGGGCCAGCUAUAUCCUGUGGGUCAGGAGGGGGCAGCUACAGACACCAUAUGCACAGGGCUGUUCUCCACACCAGGACAGAGAGCCUCUGGGGCAGGCAGGCUGCUCCUUGCAGUUGUCAGUCGACUUCUUCCUCAGCUGGGGUGGGGGGGCUCAUGGGGUCCCCCACUUCCUUCUAGAGCUGGCAGCAAGAGUGGGUGGUGGGUGUCACUGUGUUACCCCAGCCACUCCCAGCUCCCCAGGAAGCUGCAGCUAGGGCAGGUGGCCGGGGAAGCCCACUGCCCCCCAGACCCAGCCUCCACCUUUGGAGCAGGGCUGGCCCAACGGGGGGAGGGGGUAAGGUCAGGAGCACAGAGGUACCUUCUCAGUAUCGUUGGCUCUGCCCUCCAGCUCCUGGGCCCCCAGGUGUCAAGAGGCUCUCGCAGCGCCAGGAGGUCAGGAACAGGACUGGGAGCCUCAGGGAAGACCCUGACUACCACUCUGCAGGGACCUCCUGCCUGCCUCCCAGGACCCACACAACCCCUCUGACCACCCAGCCACCAGGGCCAGCCCUUUCUGCCUACCAGCUUGUCUGGGACCCGCUGCCUGUGACCCCGGAGCCUUCCUGCCCUGGGACGGCCUCAGCCAGGAUGACCAUCACCAGCCACCGAGCAGCCAUGGGUCCCUGGGCGGGCGUCCUGGCCAGCCUGGGCCUCAUCCUCCUGGUGUCACUCACAGCCCACUGCUCAAGCCCCCAAACCAAGAGCUUCUUCCAGAGCCAGCUGUACACAGACAGGGCCAGCCAGUGGGCCAGGGCCAACGACUCCCUGCUGCACAGCUUCUGGUGCCAGCCAGCCAGCCAGCUCAACCGGGACCAGCUGUCAGCUCUGGUCAGGAGGAUGACAUCCCAGCAGGUGCUCCUUGAAGCCUGGCAGCUCAGCUGCCUGGCCAAUCUUGUUGGGCAGCAUGGCCUCCAGGACGACUUUGAGCAACACCCACCGGACCUGCUGCUCUUCUAUGACCUGACCCAGGUGAGGGGGGACAACUGCCAGGCCUUCACACACCAUGCCAGCCAGGGGGACACAGAACUGCUGGCCAACCUGCCUGACCAGAGGGUGGCCCUGCGGUGCAAGGCCUUGGACUGCCUUGGAGGGCCCCGCCCUUGGCUCAGCGCCUCAGACCUGCUGCUGCUCGGGAGCAUGGUGUGCGACAUGGAUGUGGCCAGCAUUGCGGCUGCUGACCCCCACAUCCUGCAGAACCGGCAACGCUGCCCCCGGCUGACCACCGCCCAGCAGGAUGUCCUCAACAUGCUGCUGGCCAGUGGGAGGACUGUACUCGGGUCCCCGGGUUCCUGGACUCUGGAGGGGCUGCAGGCUCUGGGACCCCUGGCCACCCACAUCAGCCCCUGGCUGUGGACGCAGGUGCCCAAGGCCGUAGGCCUGGACUUCUUCUGCACAGCAGUGUCUGCAUACCGGGAGGGGAGGCUUGGCCCUCGUGAUGCCAGGCGCUUCGUCACCAGCUUUCUCAAGGCCAAGGCCAAGGCAGUGUCCCUAAGGUCCAGGUGGGGCACAGGGAGAGCCUGCAUCCGUGGUAACAUCACGGCAGCCACCUUGCGGGACGACCUCUUCCUGGUGCACUAUGACUGCCAACAGCUUGAGCCCUGCCUGGGCAGCCACGUGCUCCAGGCCAACCUGGACCCCCUGCUGCAGCACCCACUGCCUGCUGAGUGUCAGCGAGUGGUCAAGGCCAAGCUCAGCCAGAUCUACCCGCGUGGCAUCCCCGAGGACCAGCUACAGCGCAUUGCCUCACUUGUCUACCUGUACUCAGAUGUUGAAAUCAGCCAGUGGAACAUCACAUCCCAAGACACGGUCCUGGCCCUCCUGGCAGCGGACGUGGCCCUAGACAACCAGACUGAGGCUGUCCUACAGAAGUUCCUGGACCACAAUGGCACGCUCACCAGCCCACUGCUCGUGGCUAUUGGGGGCCCCCGUCUCUGCUGGAUGAGUCCCUGGCAGAUCCAGACCAUCCAGCCCUCCGAGUUCCGGCUGGCCGGAGCCCUAGACAUCUCCGCCUGCCCACAGAGCCAGAAGGACGUGCUGUACGCAAAGGCCCGCGAGGCCUUUGGUGGCACCAGGACCACCGCAGCCUACUACCGCUUCAUGCGCCCCUACCUCGGUGGCGCCCCUGUGGAGGAGCUGCGGCAUCUGGCCCAAGCCAACGUCUCCAUGGACAUAGACACCUUCACCAACCUCAAUCCCCUGGUGCUGCAGAGCCUCAGUGUGGACAACGUGACGACACUGCUGGGCCAGAACGUGGGGGACCUACAGAAGGUGCGCAGCCACCCCACCAUCAGCUCCUGGCUCCGCAGCCUGAACCACUCAGCCCUGGGUGAGCUGGGGCUGGACACCGAUGUUGCCAGCACCAUCGACCCAGCCUUAAUGACUGGAGGGACCCCAAACACCAAGCCCUGGCCACCACUCCUGGCCCACCCCUCGGGCCUGCCUGGGGACAGUGCUGAGGCCCCCACCUCAGUCUUCUGUGGCUGCUCCAUUGGGCAACCCCGAGCCCACCUGGGCCUGCUCGCCGGGGGCCCAUACUGCGGAAGGCACUGCCCCAGGGUGGCCAGGCCCGUGGGCAGUGCACGCAGGGUGGACAGGGCUCAUCCACAGAGCUGGGCCAGGAGAUCUGGGGGGCCUGCUGUCCUGGCCCCUACUCACCCCUGGCCUCUAAGACCUAGAGCUGGACUGAAGCACCAUGGCUGCCUGGACCCUUCUCACCCCUCCAGGAGGAAGAACUGGGUGGGGGACUUCAAUGUCACCAGCUUUGCUGAUGAGUAUAAAUAAAGCUUGAGUUCUCUCCCUGCCUGUGUCCCUCUACUCUGGGCUGGCAGUGGGGGGUGGGGGGCACUAAGAACCUCUGCCAGGGCCCAGCCCCCAUAGCCCUCUGCACACCUUGG